AUGAUGUCUCUUGUCCCAACGCGGAAAAGAAAAGAUUUCCAUAACCCUGGACAAGAAGCGCAAGACAAGGGGAAAGUUCGUGUUGUCGAACGAUCAGUAGAAGCACAUCCUGUUGCUACUGCAAAGCGUCCGCAUGCGCGCAACACUACUCCUGCUGGCCGUACAUUCACCACACUACGGCGUGGGAGCAUAAGAAUCUUUUCCAUCUUCCGUAAUGGCAAGAGCUCUACUCCGAGCUCAGCAGAGGCUACGUUGGAGAGCAACGGCUCAACAGCAAACAAAUCCUGUAGUCCGGCUCACCCGAGAGUCGGAAAACGCUUCUCCCAAUCCUCUUCGCGAAUUCCUCUUACCUCCGACCUACCUAUCAGUCUCCCGCCCCUCUGCCUGGGCCCUGACAAUUCAUCCCUCCUACAGCUUGCCAAUGCUGCCACGUUCGAUGGCGAGUCCGAACCAGUGUUCCCGACUCGCACACCUCCUCCUACGCCUGUAGCCACAAGCAGAUCGACUUCAAGUUUGUCUAGGCAGCUGACUACAAGGCUUUCGAAUGCCCUACUGAACAAUGAAACCGUAGUACAUCGCACAAAAUUGAGUUCUCGUCCUACUGUUGAACGCAGUUACUUCAACCGACACAGUAGCGACAAACAUACUACCAUCUCACCUAAGACCCCCAUGUCCGAGAUAUCUUCUCUGCCAUCAAGUGGCUUCAGUCCAGGAAGCAGUGGGGCUCCACAGUCAACUGCUCCCACUUCUCUGGUUUCUUCAGGCGGCCCACGAUCAGCUGAGACAACGCUUCGCACACAUAAUGGCCGCUUUGUAACCGACAGCUCACCUCCCCUUUCCUAUGAAGCGACCGCAGAGCAUUUGCCUUCUCGGUUUUUGGUGUUCCCUCGCCAAGACGCACCACGAUUAUGUGAGCCUUCCAUUGCGACUAUUGAAAAAGCGGCGGCAGCGAAGAUCUUCUUCGAGUCACAUUUCAAUGAGCUUCUUACUAUCAAAGUUACACCAAGGUCGAUGCGUCGUCGCCAGAUGGAGCGUAAACUUCUCGUCAUGACUGUCUCUGAGGAGCAGCGUCAAUGCAAUAGACAAGAAUAG